AGGUCGAAUGGCUGAGAGUGAGAUUCAUACUGUACGCGUUGGCGAGAAAGAGGGCAUAUUUGAGAGGGCAGAGAGAUGGAUGGCGGAUAGCAAGCGGAAGGAGGAGCCGAUGAGAAUAGGGUUAGACCGAUAAAGACAUGUGGUGUUGCACCUUUCCUCCGUCCGUCCACGAAUUGCGACCAUUCACGAUUCACGACGAGAGGUUGUUGCUUCAGAGCCACGUCCGAUUUGUUUUUUCAUCUCCAACACGGCUUUAACGUCGGUUGUUUCACCAAACGGGCUACAUUCUGGACCCUGCGCAUGCCACCAUGGACCAUUCCAGUCGCUACUCUUCCUCCUCAUCUCAACAACGCCUUUUUCAAUCCCAACAACUCCCUCCGCCUCAUCAGCUUCCUUCCUACGCAGCCUCCUUCUCUCGCUCAAAUGUCCUUCCCCCGAUAUCCCAGAUUCCAUCCUCGGGAAGAUAUCCGCCACCGUCAUACUCGCAUCCUUCCUUGAGCAAUACAGCGCCUGCUCCCGUUCUUCCCGGCUCUUCACACCUUCCCUUUUCUACCCACAGAACCUCAAGCUCGAGAGAUGAACUUCCCCAGAUCUCCCCUCCCCUGCGCCAUUCCGAUUCACGAUCCAGCUUCCGCGACCGCGUCGAGUCUCCUCGCGAGUCGCACCAUCCGCGACAGCCCCCACCCCAGUCCGAACCAGUACAGAUGAAGCAGGAGGUGGACGAUAACAUGCCCGCCACCAGUGACUUUGUCAAGAAGCUUUACAAGUGCGUUCUUGCUUACUCGCUCCCUGUAUGCGUACUGAUCUGUCCUAGAAUGCUCGAAGACAAGUCCUUUUCGCAUGUCGUCUGCUGGGGUCCUCAGGGCGACAACUUUGUGGUCAAGGACAUGAACGACUUCACCAAGACCAUUCUUCCACGCAUGUUCAAGCACUCCAAUUUUGCGUCCUUUGUUCGUCAGCUUAACAAGUAUGACUUUCACAAGGUCAAGAACACUGAUGACAACCAGUACGGCGAACAUAGCUGGACGUUCAAGCACCCCGACUUCCGUGCCGAUCGACGCGAUGCUCUGGAAAACAUCAAGCGCAAAGUCCCCGCCGCACGCAAGUCCACCGGUAGUGUUGCUGCUCGCGGUGCCAACUCGCCUACACCAUCUGCGCCGAGUGCUUCAGUAGAUGCCAUACAAGCCCAGAUGGAUCGCAUGCAGAGGACGCAAGACGAGAUGGCUACCCAUAUAAGCAACCUCGAACGAAAUUACCAAAACGUGCUCAACGAGAUGGUCAACUUUCAGAGGAAUAUGGCACAGCAGGACGGGUUGAUGCAGAACCUUAUUCAAUACUUUUUGCAACUGGAAAACGGACGAACGAAAGCGGAGGACCUCUCAUCACAUGCAACUCAACAAGGCUUUGCGUCCGACCCCAACCCCUUCCUCCCCGUCACAGAGGCCCAAAGAAUCAUGGGCGGCGCGUAUCCCGACGCCGACGACCUUGCGCGUGCUUCCCUAGCUCAGAUGAACGAAAUAUCCAGACGCGCUGAAGUGGCCGGAAUGACAUUCUCUACUGAGCCCCAGCCGAGUCAGAACCACAUGAACGGUUCUGCGCCCAGUUCAUCGAGGCAGAAUGGGAACGCGGAGGGAAGACCAUCGAGUAGUAUGGGUAGAAUCAUGGAAGCUGCGAUAGGACUUUUACAAACUGACGACACGCCUGUCCGACCCAUGAGUCGACAAGAUGCACUUGCGAGGAUCGAAGAGUUGACUCGGAACCGACCUGCCUCCGCACAAGGUCUUGCGCAGCCUCCUCAGCCUGCUCCAGAUAUCGGACCAUCCAAUACAGCAUACGAAAACGAGACGUUUGGUCAUAUACUCAACCCCAUUGAACCCCCAGCGCAGCCGCAACCCUCUCCGAGCGAGGUCCAUCCGGAUUUACGAUAUGGCGUACCUAUGAGCCAUGGUUCACUCUCGCAUGAGGGUUUGCAGGUGUUCACUGUCGGACAUCUGAUGCCCAAGUCGAAUAUUGAAGACGCUAACGGGAACUGGAGUUUCGACCCGAACUCGUUGAACGCCAUGGUUAUGCCUACGCCACAAGGUAUGGGCGGGGACCCCCCACAAGAAAGUGAACGCCAGACCCAAAAUCCGCUCUCCAUCGCCGAACUCACUUCACCUACGCCUUCACCCUCACCCUCACCUUCGUCUUCACGAACUGCUUCAACCGGACGUCCUGGAAGCGCGCAGACAUUACGUGUCAGGCGUAGUACAUACGUUCCUGGAUGGGCUGUUCCCCCUAGAGUGUUGCUUGUGGAUGAUGAUGUGGUUAGCAGAAAGUUGAGUAGUAAGUUCUUGCAGAUCUUUGGGUGUACGAUCGACGUUGCUGUCGAUGGUGUUGGCGCGGUUGAGAGGAUGAAUUUGGAGCGGUAUGAUUUGGUGCUUAUGGAUAUCGUAAUGCCGAAGCUGGACGGUGUAUCAGCUACAUCGUUGAUUCGACGGUUCGACCAUAUGACACCUAUCAUCUCGAUGACUUCGAAUUCCAGGCCGGCAGAGAUCCUCAAGUACUACUCAUCGGGCAUGAACGAUAUUCUGCCCAAGCCGUUCACCAAGGACGGUCUUUUCGAUAUGCUCGAGAAACAUCUCAUGCACCUUAAAGUCAUCCAAACCAUGUCCAAAGUCCCUCGCUCAAUCGGCGUACCACCACUCUCCGACGCGUCUUUCGACCAGGCGCUUGCAGUCCAAGCAUCCACCAUGGUAUCCUCCCUUGAUCCUUCCUCGUCUACCUCCACAGCCGGCUCAUCCUCAACGAACCUCACCAACCCGUCCAACGUCAUGAACGCCGGCGGAUUCUCGUUCUCAUUAGGGGACGAUGAUGGGAAGAUUAACCCGUUGGCGGGUAUGGGUCUGACGGAUGAACAGUAUUCGAUGAUCCUUCAAAACCUGGUUAGUGGCGAGACUUUCAUGGGUAUCGGAAGUUCGUUGGAUGGGAUGGGUAUGGGUGCUAUGGGCAUGGGUAUGAAUGGUAUGGGUAUGGCCGGUGGAAUGACUGGUAUGGGUGUCGGUGUCGGUGUUGGGAUGAGCAUGGGUGGGGAUGGGUUGAAGAGAGGAUUAGAUGAUGUUGGUGAUGGAAGGGAUGGGAAGAGGGGGAGGUUUGAAGUGAUCGAGUAAGUUGAUCAGAUCGUACGUCGUCACAACCCUCGGCCAGGCCUCUACGUUCUCUCCCUACAAUAUAUCCAUAAAGUUUCGAUUUGUACAAACUGAACUCUUGUAUACCUACGAUACAUUUCGUUUUACAUCUGCCCUUGUUUCUCUUCCGCCUCUCUUUCUUUCUCUUCAUCUCUCUUCUUAACGCCACCUUCAGCUUUCUCCUCACCAUCAUGCUCAGACCUCAAUACUUGUAGCAUUUUCGAUAACAUUUCUCCUCGGUGACUACAUAACCAUGCCACAUUCAUACCUACUCAUACUAACGCCCAUGUUCUAUGAUCCCCAAUUUCCCCUUUCAACUUACCUCUUUUACCCCUCGUUUUUCGUCCCUUAUCUACCCUCAAGUUUAUAUUCCUUUUCUUCUCGCUUUUUUGCUUUAAUGACUCUUGACUUUCUCACAAGCUACAUACGAAUUUUUUGCAUUGAGUACUACUAGCAGUCGGUCACACUUAUGUAUCGAGUACGAGUAUACGGUGUAUUUGUACGCUUUUCGCUCGCGAUUGUUUUGUCAUAAGCGAUUUUAGUAUAAUACUACUUAUUUCUGAUUC